CCCUUUCUUUUUCCUGCUUCUAAACACCUCCUUCAAGUUCGCAGCUGGGCAGGACUCCAAAGGUGCAGCAGCAGCAACAAGCUGGAGUUCAAAGUUAGCAGUAAAUUGCACAACUUCCAGCUCAUCGCUACGCUCGGUGACUAUUAACAAGCUGGAAGGCGCUCAGGCAAAAAUAUAGGGGAGAAGGGAACACCUCGAAUUGUUUGGGGAUCGCUGAUGUUAUGCCGCUGGGAUCAUGGCUCCUUUUGGAAGGAAUUUAUUAAAAGCCCGGCAUAAAAACAGAUCUCCCAGCAAGGACAUGGCUUCAAAUGAAAGAGAGAUUGUGGUUUGGGUUUGCCAGGAGGAGAAGAUUGUAUGUGGUCUGACAAAGCGCACAACUUGCUCAGAAGUGAUUCAAGCACUGCUUGAGGAACAUCAGACAACAUUUGGAGAGAAGAAGGUCCUUUUUGGCAAACCUAGUGAUUACUGCAUUGUAGAAAAAUGGAGAGGCUCGGAGAGAGUACUGCCUCCCUUGACAAAAAUUCUGAGACUUUGGAAGGCCUGGGGGGAAGAGCAGGCUAAUUUGCAUUUUGUAUUGGUAAAGUCAGAUGCUUUCCUCUCAUUUCCAUUGUGGAAGACAGCUGAAGCCAAGGUAGUACAAAAUGUAGAAAAACAGUGGGACCUCAGUCCAGCAAACUACAUGAAGAUGUUGCCAAUAGACAAGCAAAAGAAAAUUGUGAGGAAGACUUUCCGGAAACUGGCCAAGCUUAAGCAGGACAGUGUUCAGCAAGAGAGAGAUAAUAUGGAGACACUGAUUCAUCUGAUCAUUUCUCAAGAUCAUACCAUUCAUCAACAAGUCCUUAGAAUGAAGGAACUAGAUAUGGAAAUUGAAAAAUGUGAAGCAAAAUUCCAUCUAGAUCGUGUGGCAAAUGAUGGAGAAAAUUAUGUGCAGGACUCCUACUUAAUGAUUGGUACAAGUGAGGCUGAGCAUCAAGGGAGUAGGCCAGAUGAUCAAAAAGAGAUGCAUGACUACUUGAGCAAAAGUGAGGGAAUUUUACAGGUUGAAGAGAGACUGAAACAUCACAAACAAUUAAUAGAGAACUUGUGUGCUGAAAUUGAAAGAGAAGUACACGGUAUUUGCAUGGGAAAAAACGGAGAGUCUGUUCGCACAGAAGGAGCCGCUAAUGCUGAACUGGAAACCUCAGAUUUGGAAAGUGUAAAAUAUGAGCUGGAAAAAAGUAUGAAAGAUGGUCUGAGAAUCAACUCAUACCUGAGCUGCAUCCAGAAAGAACUUACAUACAGGGACUCACUGCUUCAAAAGAAGGAAAAAGAAUAUGAACUUCUUACAGAAGAAUUUAAUUUACUACAUGUUAAGGACAACAUUGAAACUAGGCUUCAAUCAAAUGAAGAGCCAGCUAAGGGCAGUGGCAUCUCCAGUACCAGCAUUGCUGUUCCAGACUUUGUUCAUAGAGUGACUAAUCUGGACAUAAAUGAUACAGACUCUGACACUGGAAUCAGCUCUACACACAGUCAGGACUCUGAAAUAACUGCAGGGGACAUGGUACUGCUGUCAACAUAGUUGAAAACGGUUAUACAUUUUUUAAAAUUUUAUUUUAGAGGAUAUUUAUAAGAAUUAGUAAACCUCUUGUCUUGAAAGUUAAGCUCUUCAAGGUAUUAAAGCUGUGGCACUGCUUUAGCAAAGUAAAGCGUGUCUAUUUAUAUCCUUAAUAGUGUACUUGUGCUAGAAUGCUAUGUGCUAGAAUGGGUUAACUGGUAAUAGGUGAAAAGUUGUUGAUUUUGCUACAUCAAGACAGACUACUUAGACUUUGUAAUGUUGCUACUCAGUGAAAUGGGAGCAUUCUGACUGGCUUAGACCAAAAGUUUGGAGAUUUCAUAUUGUUCGGUCUUUGUGUCUGCUCCUGCAUCUCCCUAAUUUUUUAGGAAUGUGAAGUAGAGACCAGAGAAAAGUAGACCAAGAGCUUGAUUUUCUGUUCUAUUACAUUAGCUUUAUGCAGAUGGAGUUUCCUUGCUGUAAAAGAUGAAGCUGCUGUAAAAGAUUAUAAAAUUGAGCAUUUAAUCUGUUAAAAAAUAGUUUUUAUGAUAAUGUAGAACAGAAGAAAUAUAAUUCCAUUUAUGCUGUAUUUUUUAAUUUAGUUUAUAUAUAAUAUCAGGAUGAUAGUUUUAAAAACUCCUAAGUCCCAUUUUAAAAAUUACCUUCCACAUAUGGGUUUUUAAUUUUGAUUCUCUUUCAGCAGCUUUUAUCUGCUUUUAAGAUCCUUAAACCCCCUACUUAUCUGCUGUUACCCUGUAGUUGCCCUAGUGAUGUUUUAAAUCCGCAGAGUUUCUGCCAGCAGGCAUGUCAGGACUGCUUAGGUCCUGCUUGUGCAAGACGCUCAAAUCCCAGGCUCACACCUAACCCUAGGGGCAUUUUCAGCAAGACUUUCUCCUGCCUAUCUCACUGGUUGGAUCCAGUGUUUUAAGCCUCCUGAAAUCAUGACUACCAAAAAAAGCAUAGCAGAAGCAACAGGUAGGAACCAGUCAUUUUAGUCUCUGGCUAGACACUGUUUCCCAAUAGCCAGCUAGCAACUAUUUUCAUAUAGCAAGUAGGUUUUCAAAUCCCAUCUCAUACUGUUUUGAAGCAGGAACCUAUAAAUCCUUCUUCCUCAGUGAGGACUUUGGGAUAUAGCUAAAACUGAUCCACUUUAUAUAGUUAAUAAAAUAUUUGGCUCCAGGUAAAAUAAAAAAAAAAAAUAAAAUGAAAGAAUGCAAAACAUGAUAAUUUUAAAACUGUGGUUAAGUAAUUUUUUUUUUUUUUCAUUUAGGAUUUAGUAGUUUAUCUCAAACCCUUAUCCAGCAUAUUGCUGUAGGUCCAAAACAAAACUGUAGAAUUGAAUUGCCUCAGUUACCAAAUAAGAUUUAUAACUGUGCUAGAGGCUCUGCUAAUGGAGAGCAUGUGCAUAAUUUCUAGAUUGCCAUGUUCAUUUUACAAAUCAAUCUGUUUAAUACUUCUGAUUAAAAUAAUUGAGUGGUGAAAUAAUUACAAUAUUUCUGAAUAAAGUUCAGUUCUGCAAAAUUCAAAAGACUCAUGGAAUUAACAGCCUACAAAGUGAACAAAUGGACAGUACCUAGAAGGUGUAAAUGUAAAAUUCUUUCAGAUACACUGCUUUCUUUAAUUUUCUUAAGUGUCUGUCAACCAUGUGUUUUCUAAAAUGGCCAAAGUGCUAGGACUGCUGAUUAGCACAUAUUUAAUGCAGAAAAAAAACCAAACCAAAACAAAACAAAAAAAAA